AUGAGAGUCAUAAGCAUCAUUAGUGGACUCCUCCUCAUCGCAGCCUGUCUCCUGAGGAGCAGCGAGGCGGUGACCUGUACCGCUGAUCCCACAGUCACCGGAUGCGUCGACUGCACCGACACCGCCAACGCUUCGGAUGCUGAAUGCGUCGCAGAGGCGGGAAACACUACCGCGGGGCCAACCACUGCAGCCACUCCCGUCACGACAGCAGGUCCAGCCGCUGGUGCUACCACUGCCGCUAACACCGCCACCGGCGCUACUCCGGCUACCCCAACCGAUAGCGCCUCAUCCUCGGGAUCAAGCAGCUCAACGACCUCCAACGCUGCGGCCAGGAGGCGUGCCAGGAGGAGGGCGGCGGCUCGAAGGAGGAGACGUGCAGCUGCCCGCAGGAGGAGGAGGGCUGCCAGAAGGAGGGUCCAGAAUCAGAGGCAGAGGCAGAGGCGUUCCGGUUAG